AAAACAUUUGGACUCUCCACAACUUGCUGUUUAUCAAUGCCUCUGACAGGAGGAGGGAUUUCUUUUGCUCUUGCUUUUUCUAGAAGCAUGACAACAUCCUGGCUGUUGGAGAGACAAGGAAAGGAGAGAGGGGUCGUGGAGGGAAGCGGAACAGGGAGGCCCCGUGGGACGCCGGGGUCUGGGGACAGCAGGUAGCAGCGAGCCGCCCUCCCAGCUGUCACUGCUCCUCAGAUUGUCAGCGGCUGCUAUGCGGCAGGUGCAGCCGGCUCUGCCACUAGGUCUGUGCUCCACAAAGGCAACGACCGGCCAAGGCAGUGGCUGGCCCUGGAUUACACAAGUGCAGACACUCAACUAAGUGAGGAACAGGUGGCUAACGAGAUGGUUGAUUCUAAGCAGACGAGACUACACAGAAAUCUGGAAGACCAGGAGGAAGGCCAAGGCUCAGGUGCCCACAUGAUCAGCACAGCCAGGGUACCUGCGGAUAAGCCAGUACGCAUUGCCUUCAGCCUCGAUAAUGCCUCAGAUGAUACACCUCCUGAAGAUGCCAUUCCUCUGGUCGUUCCAGAAUUAGACCAGCAGCUACAGCCUCUGCCGCCUUGUCACGACUCCAUGGAAUCCAUGCAGGUGUUCAAACAGCACUGCCAGAUAGCAGAAGAAUACCGUGAGGUCAAAAAGGAAAUCGCCCUGCUUGAGGAAAGAAAAAAGGAGCUCAUUGCCAAGCUGGAUCAGGCAGAAAAGGAGAAGCUGGACGCCGCUCAGCUGGCUCGGGAAUUUGAGGCACUGACGGAGGAGAAUCGGACAUUGAAGCUGGCCCAGUCCCAGUGUAUAGAACAACUGGAGAAACUUAGAAUACAGUAUCAGAAGAGACAGGGCUCGUCCUAACUUGAAAUUAUUCAAUGUGAGCAUAAGAGGUUGGUGGCUGCUAUGCACUGGCCAAAAGAUUUUUUAUUUUAAAGGGAUAGUGAGUAAAAUCUAUUGCUUCUCCUUAUUACCCACAUGGCCGAUGUCUAUACUAACGAGUUUAAUGCUUGCCUGAUAUAGUUUGAGAGAAGGGUUAUUUUAUUUUAAAUAAGGUAAUUAAAACAAACCUAUUACCAGAUGUUUUCAGAGAUCAUAAUUCGUUUCCAAAGAUAUUUGUUUUUUCUUAUUUAGCAAGAUAUGAUCAUACUGUAGAUCCGGGUAGAAAAUGAUAGAAAUAGAACAUUGACUGAUUCUACUAAGAAUCAUGAACAGAAUUCAGCCAUGAAACAAAGUAGUAAGAUGCUCACUGCAGUUUCAUAUCUGUGUAUUUUUAAAUUUCACAUCUUUAAUAUUUCUACGGUGCUCUAAUCUGAACUGUCAGAAACUUCUCCAAAUAUAUUUAUGUUCACCAGAGUUAGAUUUAAUCCCUCAGUGAUUGAUUGUACUAAGAAUAAAUGGUUGCAUAUCAUAAAAGCUUUCUCAUGAAAAUAUUAGCGGAAAGCAUGUUUGUGCCAGAAGCACAUUUGCCAGUGCUAACUUGCUGUUGUAAUAAAAAGCUGAUAAGGCUGCAUUUUCUCCAUGCCACGUUACCUCCUGGUAAACAUCUCUGCCUUUGCUUGUGUGUGUUCUGGGAGAAAUGGAAAAGUAUUGUUUGGACAUUUCUUUGGUGAGUUCCCAUGAAAACAUCCCAGUAAUCUGAACAGUAAAAUUCUAACUAUUACUCUGUUUUGGAUUUAAGGAGAUGUUUUGGAUCAAUGAUAACUAAUAAGAAUAUCUGAGUAAAUUUAAGAUUAAAAUGAUUUUUCCCUUGUUCUAUCUAUCACCAUAUUUUGCCAGAUUGAUCUCUUUGUUUUAUGUCCAUUUCUAUUCCUGUAACUUCUUUUUCAGUAAACAUAGAUCAAAACUCUCA